UAGAGCAGUUACGCUCUCUAAGCAUUUUCGGGUCAUUUCACAUUCGGACGACACGACGAUCGGCGAAUUGAAAGCGAUGGGUCAGUCAACCGAAUCUGCAAAAACUUAUAUGAAUCGAAUAAUCAUGAAUUUCAUGGUGACCGAAGGUUACAAGGAUGCUGUUACAUCUUUUGAGCUUGAAUCAGGAACCGAGCCAGAAAUUUGUAUUCAAAUGAUGGAUUUACGAUUGGCUGUCAAGGAAUCGAUUUCGAUAGGCAGUUUAGCAAAGACUGUCGAGCUCCUGAACGAGAUAAUGGGAACAAAUCCUCGACUCUCUUUCCAUAUCCAUCUGCAACGCAUGAUCGAAAGGAUCCGGAAUGGGAAUGCAGAUGAAGCUUUAAAAAUCGGAGAAGUGGAACUUGCUCCAAUUGCAGAGACCGAUAAAAGUCUCUUAGAAGAGUUGGAAAGGACUGCUGGACUGCUUGUUUUUGAAGAUUUCAAGAAUUGCCCAGCUGCUGUUGUUGCUCAGCUGCUUGAUGAAUCUUGGCGCUUAAACGUUGCUAAUGAGGCGGACGCAGCAAUUCUUGUAAGGAACUUCUGCGGAAGAGAUGAUCCAGGGAUUCCAGGAUCAAUGAAAAACCUGAUGCUGCUACAUAACCUGGGUGAAACUGGAUUCUCGCUGCUGGACGUUUCUUUCUAAUACUUUGAAACGAAAAGGUGCUGUAGGGACAAAUACCAAUUGUUUGUAUUCUCUGUGAAAAUUUGAUGUAUAGGGAGUAACAAAGUGGUGAUAAAGGUAAAAACUGUAAGAAAAAAAAAACCCAAUUAUUUUGUGGUUGCUAGUACAUAAACCCAAACUGUGAUUUCUGGGCGGCUAUUCUGUGUAAACUUUGCUUGGUGAGAAAGUGUGACUAUAACAAACAUGGUCGGAAUUCUUGCUAUU